AGCAAUAAUGAGAAGUGCAUGUCAAAUGAUAUUCAUAUUCACUGAUAGAUUUUUUUUUUUAUAUGUAGAUUUUUAUUAAUUUAUUUUUUAAAGUGAGUGCUUUGAUUUUUAUUUUGAUAAAAGCACCAAUGCCAGAAACUUAUUUUGAACAUUUUUAACAAUACCCAUCAGCAUGUUAGUUUUUUUUUUUUUUUUUUAAAGAAUUUUACUUUCUUAUCCUACCCUUCUAGAUCAUUAUAAACAUCAUUCAUUGGUAAAUAUCUGGAGCUUGUCUGUGUUCUUAGUUGUUAUUGUCCAAGUCUUUGUGCCAAAGAACUGCUUUCAGAUUUUAUUGUGUAGGGACAGCCUUGUAUUACUCCUGUCUUCAAUUUAAAGGAUAAAUAAACAUAUAGUAACAACUAUUUCAAGUAUAGCGCAGCACAUGGAUUAGGUAAUAAAAUAUCUGUCGACAAUACUUAGCGCCAAAAUGACUACUGCAUCAAAAAGCCUUGUUUUAAGGAUACUAUUAGUUUAAUGUGGUCUGUCUAUCAUAUGUAGGUCUUAAAAUUUGAAAAGCUAUUGAAAAUCCCAUUUCAUGAUAUUUUGCAAAGGCUACAUUUUCUGUUCUGAAAGCAAGCGCACCAUUUUGUUUUCAAAAUUAUGUAUUGUUGUCAUUCUGCAUGCACAAGGCGCAACAGUGCACUAUUAGAUCACUGUAUAUGAACUGGAGCAACUGGAAUUCCAUCUAAGUGGAAAAGGAAGAAUAUAAUAUUUUAGACGAGAACUUGGCUUGAUCCCCCUAGAGUAAUGGUUCAGCAAGGUUCUUUGUGUGGGUUGUCUAGUCAGGAAGUUUUUGCCUAGGAAAACUGUGGUAAGGGUGUUCUAGUGAGUGGAUGACAUUCCUGUUGGUUUGUUAUUGGAAAGUGAAGACAGAGGCGGCGACAGUGAACCCUGCAGGAAAGAGUUUGAAGAUCUAAAAACCAGAAUUGACAUUUAUGUUCAUUGUCAAAGAGCAAAACAAACAAUGUGAACAUUUGAGCGACUCUGACAGCACUGAAAUAGAUCUAGACAGUUCAAUUUUCCUGCAGGAAGACGUGGGAUUGCAGCCAAUAGACCAUGAACAACCAAGCAGCCAUUCCGUAAAAAAGGUUCAAGACCAGAAAAACAAGCGGUACUUAGAAAAAGCUCAAGCUAGGAGUGAAGAGAACUUGAGAAACACAAGCAAUGAAGUUAGUAACAUAAAGUCAAGGUUGAUAAAAUACAACUACAUAACCAGACAGAAAGACAAAGAAAUCCAGAGACUCAAAAGUGUACUGGAGCGCCAAUAUGAAAAAGCGUGAGUUUUCACAGCAUGACAGUUUUUUCUUAGAAGACUUUUCACAGUGUCAACUUUGUAUUGUGGCUUUCUUCAAUUGUCAUUAAGAUCAGUGAAUUCUGUUAAUUCUAGAUUUGAAAUUUUGUAACUUAAUACUGUGAUUAAAUACUGAAUUGUA